UGAGUCUGUAAUUACCAUAACUUAUAUUACCUAACCAGGCCACCAACACUUGCUCUCCCUAAAAUGCUUGGCAAUAAUAUUUAAAACGACAUUAUAAUCGAUGACAUCGGACAUAUGAUGAAAACAAACGGAUUGUGAAAUGUAUUUAAAUUUUAGAAGCCUUGUUAUCUCCUAAGUUCAUGACUUGACUGCGUUUGCGGAUGUCAAGUCUGCCCCGAGCGCAAGAGAAGCGCACAGUCUGCCGAGAGCGCGUGAGUCAGUUCGCAUGCAGAAAAGAAAAUCCCAAAGAUCUUUUAUUAUUACGCACGUGUUUGUUGGCGAUUAUCACUGAAAAGGAACAGGGCAACUCUUCAGGCGUAAGAAGAGCCAAUCUGAGCGGAUAACAAGCCUGGAUUCCUCAUUGUCGCGUAUCCCAAUCUGUUCGAAGGGACUGUCGUGAAGUGUACGGGGAAAAUGGAUCUUUAAAAGGCACGAUCUUUGUCUGUCAUUUGACGCAAGUGUGGACGGGGAGGCUCAUGAGAUGGCAGUUCCGAUGGCUUCAGGACUUUGGUUUGUCGCGCUCACCGUGGCGACUGUAUGCUGUGCUGAGGUGGAGGAGCGGUUGAUAAACUAUUUACUUUCCCCUGACCGAUACAACAAGCUGAUCCGGCCUGCGAUCAAUAAGAGCCAGCAGGUCACCAUUGCAAUCCAAGUGUCCCUUGCUCAGCUCAUCAGUGUGAAUGAAAGAGAGCAGAUUAUGACCACCAACUGUUGGCUUACUCAGGUAUGGAAUGAUUACCGGUUGAUGUGGGAUCCAGAAGAGUAUGAAGGGAUCAGGAAAGUCCGCCUUCCUUCCCAGCAUAUAUGGCUGCCUGACAUUGUCCUGUACAACAAUGCUGAUGGGACAUAUGAAGUGUCUUUCUACUCCAAUGCAGUCGUUUCAAAUAACGGUGAGGUUGCCUGGCUACCACCAGCCAUUUAUAAGAGUGCCUGUAAAAUUGAGGUCCGGGACUUUCCCUUUGACCAGCAAAACUGCACACUCAAGUUCCGCUCAUGGACUUAUGACCACACAGAAAUCGACCUCAUCUUGCUGUCAGACUUUGCCAGCCGAGAUGACUUCAAGCCAAGCGGUGAGUGGGAUAUCGUCUCCUUGCCUGGUCGCAAAAACGAAGACCCUAAUGACAUCACGUACUUGGAUAUAACUUACGAUUUUAUCAUCAGACGCAAACCUCUGUUCUACACCAUUAACUUAAUCAUCCCCUGUGUUCUUAUCACUUCACUGGCCAUCUUAGUUUUUUACCUACCAUCAGACUGUGGGGAGAAGAUGACUUUGUGUAUUUCUGUUCUUCUGGCCUUAACUGUGUUCCUCUUACUGAUUUCCAAAAUCGUACCUCCGACCUCACUUGCUGUGCCCCUCAUUGGAAAGUACUUGAUGUUUGCAAUGGUGUUGGUGACUUUUUCAAUUGUUACAAGUGUGUGUGUGCUAAACGUGCACCAUCGGUCCCCAAGCACACACAAUAUGCCCAAGUGGGUCAAAUACUACUUCCUGAGCCGGUUGCCUGAUUUCCUCUUCAUGCGACGACCAGGAGAGUCCAACAAACGAGAGAAAUUUCGCAUGAAGCAUGAGCAGUGCUCUUCAUCUGAUCUCACAGCAAAAGGUGAGACUGAUGAGAUUGAUUCUACCUUCUUUGUCAAUGAAGAUUCUGCCAAACACAUUGGUUGGAGACCUGGAGAGUUGCAGGAAAACACAGAGUUUCGAAAGCGAAUGGCAGUAAAGUGCCCUGUGGAAAUCGAGCAGGCUGUGAAGGGAGUCCUAUACAUUGCUGACAAGACGAAGAGUGAGGAUGAUGAUCAAGGGAUUGUCGAGGACUGGAAAUACGUGGCUAUGGUGAUUGACCGUCUUUUUCUAUGGAUCUUUGUUUUAGUGUGUGUUACAGGAACCCUCGGCCUCUUUACGCAGCCGCUCUUCAAGAGCUAUAACACACCUACCACUGAUGAUCUGUAGAUCACAAA